CCACGGCCAAUCUACUUACUACUACCAGUGCAUAGCAAGCAAAUCAGUCUAAUGCAGAACUGAGUGAAUAUAUACCAUACUACUAUUGCCAUCCACUUCCGCUCUUCGUAGACGUCACUCACCUGCCAUGCAUACGAUUCCCAUCACCGUUUCUUUAUACGCCUUCCUAGCGACGACCUUUCUGUUCUCCUGCUCCGCUUAUGUUGCACAGGCACCGCUUAGCGAUGACAAGUGCACCGAAACAACAGUGGCCAUCUUGGGUGGAGGGAUGGCCGGCAUUGCAGCUGCACAAGCCUUAUCCAACGCAUCUAUCGACGACUUCAUUAUCCUCGAAUAUCGCCAUACCUUAGGUGGUCGUGUCUGGCAUACCGACUUCGGGAAGGAUAAGCAGGGCAAACCAUAUGUGAUUGAGCUAGGAGCCAACUGGCUCCAAGGACUCGGCUCUGAAGCCAUCGAGAAUCCAGUCUGGGCACUAGCCAAGAAGUACAAUCUGAAAAACACUUACUCAAACUACAGCUCCAUCCGAACAUACAACGAGACCGGCUACACUGACUACCGCUUUUUACUUGACGACUACGCCCAGGCCUACCACAUUGCUGCCCGCAAUGCCGGCCGCAUCCUGACGCAGAACCUGCAAGACCAAACCGCACGCACUGGUCUCGCCCUCGCUGGCUGGAGACCACGCAAGAACGACAUGGCCGCACAAGCCGUGGAAUGGUGGAGCUGGGACUGGGAAGACGCACACACGCCCGAAACCAGCUCGCUGGUCUUCGGUAUCGCCGGCGAAAACCUAACCUUCAACCAAUUCGGCAAAGCCAACCACCUCGUCCUCGACCCGCGCGGAUACAGCACCAUCAUCGAAAACGAAGCGCUCACCUUCCUAGCCAACCCCUCCGAUAGCCGCCUACGUCUCGACACCCGUGUUACCCGCAUCGAAUACUCCCCAAGGGGCGUAACAAUUCACACCAAGGACAACAAAAACAGCAACACCUGCAUCCGGGCCGCCUACGCAAUCUGCACCUUCUCCCUGGGCGUCCUCCAGAACAAAGCCGUAACCUUCGACCCACCCCUGCCGUCCUGGAAACAAACCGCCAUCGAAAAAUUCAACAUGGGUACCUACACCAAGAUAUUCAUGCAAUUCCCGGAGACCUUCUGGCCCACAGACACACAAUUCUUCCUCUACGCCUCCCCAACAACAAGAGGCUACUAUCCCGUCUUUCAAUCACUCUCGACAGAGAACUUCCUCCCCGACUCAAACAUCCUCUUCGCCACUGUCGUCGACGAACAAGCCUACCGCGUCGAACGCCAAUCCCUGACCCAAACCAAAGACCAAAUCCUCGAUGUCCUGAGAGAGAUGUUUCCCGACAAGGACAUACCCGAGCCUACGGCGUUUACUUACCCCCGCUGGACGAACGAACCCUGGGUCUACGGCAGCUACUCCAACUGGCCGGCGGGAACGACCCUCGAGAUGCAUCAGAAUCUGCGGGCGAAUACGGAAAGACUCUGGUUCGCAGGGGAGGCGACUAGUGCCCCCUAUUUCGGGUUCUUGCAUGGGGCGUGGUAUGAGGGACGUGAGGCGGGGGAUAAUGUUGCCGCGCUGUUGCAGGGAAGGUGUGCGGAGGAUGUCACUCGUACUGCUGGUACUAGUAGCACUAAUGGGGAAGAGGAGGAGGAAGUUUGUGGGGAAAGGGUGUUUUAUGAGCAGUUGAAUGGGACUACGCCGUUGGAUGCGUAUAGUCGGCUGAAUGGGUGGCCGGCGCCCAAUUAUUUGCAAAUACAUAUCAAUUGGCCUGCUGGCCCAAUGGUGUCUCUUUGUGGCGUCACUUGUGUUCAGCUGUGGUACCAUCCUGAUUAUGUCAAGUAA